AAGUCUUAUUAACUGGAAGCUCCUCCCACUUAUCAGGUGGUGAUUUGCGUGCGUUCGCCAGAUCAGUGUUAGAGCUGCAGCUGUUUUCUCUGCUCUUUAACCACAAUGGAUGACAUGUCCGUGACGCACCCAGUUUUCCUGGAGAGUUCCAGACCUCUAGAAGACAUAAACAAGAAAGUCACGCGUUAUUUCUGUAUGAGGCGCAAAUCAGGCGGAGGAGACUGUGGACCUCUGACCGCUGUGCGCCAAAACAUCUACAGGAUCGACUUCAGAGACCAACGAGACCAGCAGGAAGUCCUGAGAAGAUCCCCGCAUGUUGUGGAGCUGGAAGAUGGUUUUGUGGAGAUCAGAGUCAGAAGCAGCUUGGAACCUCCCACCUCCUCAUCCAGCCGCAGUACCUCACCUUCUCCAGCAGAGGGCUCUGAGGUUGUUCCGGGUGAAGAUCAUCAGUUUUCAUCACUGGAAGACAACCAGUUUUGUGAAGAGGAGUUCAUCUCAGCACGCUCUGCACAGCUUGACCCACAGGAGGAGGGUUCUUCAUUUGGGUCUUUGGCUGGUUAUUCUAGUGAAGUUAGUCACAGGAAACCAGACCAGGGCGAAGACUCUGAUGGGUCUGCGGUCAGCUUUGAGGAAAGUCCAGACACAAAGAAGACACACCAGAGCACAGAGGAGUGUGAGGUUUGCCCCGCUGGAAAGACUGUUGGGGAAAGUCCUCCAAAACAUGAAGACACAUUUGAUUUGGAGAAGCCGUUUCCUUCAGAUAAGACUCUGAGUGAAGCAAGCAGACUCUGUGACUCUGAAGUCCAGACAAACACAGAUGCUGCUGGAGCUGCUGGGGGGUGUGUCCACGUUCAGAUAGUCCAGGGAACCAUCGAGAUGCAGGAAACAGACGCUCUGGUGUCUCCCAUGGUUGGCCACACCCACCGGUCUACUCGUCUUGGAAACAUCCUAGAAAACAUAGUUGGCUCUCGUCUCACUGAAGACUUCGAUGAAGCAGCAGGAGACGAAUGGAUGCCGGGGGACUUUGUGCUGGUAGAGGGACUGCCUAGACUUCCAUCUAACGCAGUGUUCUUCCUCGAUCUCAUUCCAUGGGAUGGAGAUGAUGAUGGAACUGCAGUUCAGAUUCUCAGGUUGGGGAUCAACAACAUCCUAGCUUGCUGUGACGACAAAGGCUUCAGAUCUGUGGCUCUUCCUGCACUCGGAGAAGGAAUUGUCCUGGGUUUUCCCAUCAGUUUGGUAGCCAGAGUCAUACUGGAGCAGAUUUAUGAAUAUGAACGUAAACGACGAAGAAACAAAGACCUCUUUGUUCAUAUUGUCCUUCUGCCUGAAAACAAAGCAGCUAAAGAGGCCUUCACAUCUGUGCAGGAAGACUUCAAACUCAAAGGAUCAAGGAGGAUUGUCCUGCUGGGAAAAACUGGAUCAGGAAAAAGCCACUUGGCCAACACCAUAUUUGGAGAUGACCUCUUCACUGCACAUCAUACUGCCAACUCUGGAACAGUUUCAUGUCAGGUUGAGACUAAAUGUAUCAAUGGAGCAAGCAUCACUGUGGUGGACACUCCUGGUUUCUUUGACACAAGGCGAUCUGAGGAGGAUAUGAAGCCGGAGAUCAUCAGGUGUCUCAAGGAGUCCUCUCCUGGGCCCCAUGCUUUUCUUAUUGUGUUUAAAGUGGGCAAAUUCACUAAGCAUGAGCAGGAAGUUAUUGACAAAAUCUGCCAGCUUUUUGUCAGUGAUCCCUUGCAGCAUGCUGUGAUUGUAUUUACUCAUGGCGACCAGCUGCCCCCGGAGAUGAAAAUUGAGGAGUUUGUUGCAAAGCAACAGGAUCUAAGCGAUGUGGUGCAGAAGUGCGGGGGUCGCUGUCUAGUUUUUGACAACAAACGCUGGAACAACAAACCGCCUGAUCAGUACAGGAGUAACCAGUUCCAGGUGCAGGCUUUGCUUAAAACAAUCGACAAGAUGGUGGAAGAGAAAAAAGGAGGCUACUACACCAAUGAGGAAGAGGAAGUAAUACAGAAAAAGGGAGAGAAUACAGGAGAAUCAGCAGUAAGCUUAUCUGGUUCCAGAGGAUUCUUUGGGAUGUUCUCUUGGUUUAGAAAAAAUAGUUAAGUUUGCGUUCAAGUGCUAUGAAAAUAAUAUUUAUUAUGUACAGCACAAAUGAUUUCUUUGGUAAAUUUACUUGACUCACAAAGGAUUCUAAAAUAAUUAUUUUUUUUACAAUUGCUGCUUUAUCCCAUUUUUUUAUGUGCCAACAUUAUUUUCUGCCCUUUUGAAGUUUGUUUUAUGCUGUCUAAUAAAGCCUAAAAACUAUGCUUGA